AUGGCCAGACCUCGCCAACAUCACCCACAUGGCCAGACCACGCCAACAUCACCCACAUGGCCAGACCACGCCAACAUCACCCACAUGGCCAGACCUCGCCAACAUCACCCACAUGGCCAGACCACGCCAACAUCUCCCACAUGGCCAGACCACGCCAACAUCACCCACAUGGCCAGACCACGCCAACAUCUCCCACAUGGCCAGACCUCGCCAACAUCACCCACAUGGCCAGACCACGCCAACAUCACCCACAUGGCCAGACCCCGCCAACAUCACCCACAUGGCCAGACCCCGCCAACAUCACCCACAAGGCCAGACCACGCCAACAUCACCCACAUGGCCAGACCACGCCAACAUCACCCACAUGGCCAGACCACGCCAACAUCACCCACAUGGCCAGACCACGCCAACAUCACCCACAUGGCCAGACCACGCCAACAUCACCCACAUGGCCAGACCACGCCAACAUCACCCACAUGGCCAGACCACGCCAACAUCACCCACAUGGCCAGACCACGCCAACAUCACCCACAUGGCCAGACCACGCCAACAUCUCCCACAUGGCCAGACCUCGCCAACAUCACCCACAUGGCCAGACCACGCCAACAUCACCCACAUGGCCAGACCACGCCAACAUCACCCACAUGGCAUCAAUCACAAACAAAUACAUAA